AUGGACGAUGCUCCUGCUUCCUAUGGCUUUAAAAACAUUUUUAUUACAAUGUUUGCUAUCUUUUUUUUCUUCAAGCUUUUAAUCAAAGUUUUUUUGGCUCUCCUAACCCAUUUCUAUAUCGUCAAAGGAAAUAGGAAAGAAGCGGCUAGGAUAGCAGAAGAGAUCUAUGGAGGAGUUUCAGGGUGCUGGGCUGACCGAUCCCCACUUCAUGAAGCUGCGGCCCAGGGCCGUUUACUGACCCUUAAAACUCUAAUUGCACAAGGUGUCAAUGUGAACCUUGUGACAAUUAACCGGGUCUCUUCUCUCCAUGAGGCGUGCCUUGGAGGUCACAUGGCCUGUGCGAAAGCCUUAUUGGAAAAUGGCGCACACGUCAAUGGCGUGACAGUCCAUGGAGCCACGCCCCUCUUCAAUGCUUGCUGCAGCGGCAGAGCUGCGUGUGUCAACGUGCUGCUGGAGUUCGGAGCCAAGGCCCAGCUCGAGGCGCACCUGGCUUCUCCCAUCCAUGAGGCUGUGAAGAGAGGUCAUAAAGAGUGUAUGGAGAUUCUGCUGGCAAAUAAUGUUAACAUUGACCAAGAAGUGCCUCAGCUCGGAACUCCCCUGUAUGUGGCCUGCACCUACCAGAGGGUAGACUGUGUGAAGAAACUUCUAGAACUAGGAGCCAAUGUUGACCACGGCCAAUGGCUGGACACCCCCCUGCACGCGGCAGCUCGGCAGUCCAGCGCGGAGGUCAUCCACCUGCUGACAGACUAUGGGGCGAACCUGAAGUGCAGAAACGCUCAGGGGUGCACCGCACUCGAGCUGGCGGCUCCUAGAAGCAGCGUAGAGCAGGCGCUCCUGCUCCGGGAAGGCCCGCCUUCUCUUUCCCAGCUCUGCCGCCUGUGUGUCCGGAAGUGCUUAGGUCGAGCCUGUCAUCAAGUCAUCCACAAGCUACAUCUGCCAGAGCCACUGGAAAGAUUCCUGCUAUACCGAUAGUCCACCCGUCCACAGGAAGACACUUUGGGAAUAAGCGAGUUGUCGCCUGCUGUACUCAGAGCACCUAGUGUAGACGCCCAACAGCUAGACUCUCAGCAUCUUCAAGUGAGCUAUCCAGUUUAGAGUAAAGUCAUCAAGAACCAGAUGGGGAGUGGAAAGUUCCUGGUUAGUGUAAGGUUCUCAUUAACCAAGGGGCAACCACAAACCUGUUCGUUUUUAGCUCUUCUUGUUAAGAAACUUAAAAAGAAAACAAAAACUAUGAAGUAGAGUGAAAAUAAUAGGAUAUUUUGUGAUGAUUCAUAAUCUUCAAGUACCCAAGGGUCAAUAUUCUGAAUAUCAUGUAAACACAUGUUAAAGUUGGGUGGAGAAGAUUGUAAUGAAUGUAAGUAUUCCAAGAUGUGUUCCUGACUUCGCUCCUCCCUCCUUCCUCCUUUCUCCUUUCUUUCCUUCCUUCCUUGAAUAAAUCUGUUAUAAUUUUGAUUUCCCUGCCUUUUAAAAACCCUGUUAAAAAGCGCAACAUACAUUCAAACCAUCACAGUUAAUUGAGGUUUCUAGUUGCUGAGGUCCUGGUUGGUAACAAAGAUGUAGGAAGAGAUUAGCUUCCCCCAAGACUGGGGUCUGUUGCUCAUCGUUUCUGAUAGUAAAUGCUGUUCUUUGAAGGAUCCAGCCACACUGGAUGCCCCCAUGUACCUGAGCCCAUAGACACUGUCUGAUGCAGGCUACAGCCUAAGCGUUGGCUUGCUUU